CACAUGCACCCCGCAAAAAGCCGGCCGGUGCGCCGGGGUCCCGCAUAUGCCCCUGUGCAAGCACAGUCGGUAAUAAAGCCCGAACAUCGGUUCCCAACUGAAGACACUACACCGCAUCGUCGCAGAAGAUGAGCGGUUCUCUCGCAGCUGCUGAUCAAGCGCCAGUGCAAAUCGGCCCGCCACGAGACCAAGAGGAAGCCCAGACAGUGAUCCACGGCAUCCAGGACUCCGAGACUGCUCUUGAGGCGCCGGCCGAAUCGGAGGAGCAAUCGGAAUUAUCUGAUCCGGAGGACGAAGAAGACACGGGCUCGUAUUACUGGGAUGCAUCGACCAUGGCGCCGCUAAAUGCAGCGUCGGCGGCCGCCAUUGCCCGACUGAGGGCCUACAAGCCACCGCUCUUCCCCCUCUGGGACCGGCUCCCGCUGAGUCGCCGCGCCGCGGUACUGCUGCUGCUGUACGCCGACCGGAGGGGCGAUCUCAGGGUAGUCAUCACCAUGCGCGCCGCCAGCCUAAGGAGUUUCUCAGGCCACGCCGCCCUUCCUGGAGGCAAAGCGGACACGCUAGAUGAGACACCUUAUCAGAUCGCCCGCCGCGAAGCUUGGGAGGAAAUCGGCCUGCCCAUCGACGACACCAAGCUGCCAGCUCCCUUCCGCAUCGAGCACCUGUGCUACCUCCCCAUGAACCUGGCGCGCACCGAGCUCGUCGUCCGCCCCUGCGUCGCCCUGCUACACACCAACGACCUUCCAGUCCCCGUCGGCCCGGCCUCCCCAGCAUCCUCCCCAACGGUAGAGGACUCGCUCAUCCCUCGACUCGACGCGAAAGAAGUAGCAGCCGUCUUCUCUGCGCCAUUCCAUAAUUUCUUGAAAGCUGCCGACGAACAACCGCAGCCGCCACCAAUCCUCAUCGGAGAGGCGAAAGCAGAAGGAGAGCCAAAGCAGCCAACCCAGCUGCCGCCGGGGAAGUGGUACGAAGGUAACUGGACCACGUGGCACGACCGCCCCUGGCGCCUGCACUUCUUCUACGUCCCCGUGACGAACCAGCAGGUGGUGAAGCCCAAGGUGAGGGAAGGCGGGCUGGCCGCGCUGUCGGAGCAUGAGCAUGAGCAUAGCAGUGAGAACGAGAACGGGUCGGUGGAGAGCGGGCGCUACAAGGUGUGGGGGAUGACGGCGCGGAUCUUGGUGGAUGCCGCGACAGUCGCGUACGGAGAGCAGCCUGAGUUCGAGCACAACUCGCAUUUUGGCGAUGAAGAGGUUAUUGAACAGCUCGCGAGGAUGGGGAGGAUGGGGGAGAAGAAGCGGCAGGCGAGUAUUGUGGGAAGCACUACUAAAGAGACUGGAGCAUCCCGCGAAAUGGAGGGGGGUAGCAAGGGUGGGACGAGUAAGAUGUAGUAGAAUGGUCCUGGUGAUGAUCAGGUGUACGCUGUUUCCGUACAUAUUGCAUCCGGGUGGCUCAUCCCCCGUGUUAGGUGGGCGGCUCUGUUAUCCCCCAUCAAACGGCUCGAUAACGAUCAUGCUGCAUCAAUGGCACGCAGUCUCCUUGGUGAUGGGAGUGUGCCCGCCAAAGAUCAGAUAUCCCAGCCCGGCGCCGACCGAGACCGCGAUC